AAAAGAAUGCUUGCGAGCGAGGGAGGGAGAGAGAGAUUGGGGGAAAAUGAUAAUAGAAAAGCAGAGAAUAAAAAGAGACCGGAUGUUGACAAAUAUCGUGUCACUGUUCUUAGAAGGUCGUUUGUUUGUGUAAAAAGAUUUCUUAUCUGGGAUCUCUCUCUGUCUCUCUCUUACAUAAAAUAAAAAUAACUAUCUUUUCUACCUUUGUCUCUCUAAGUAUCAUUUUUUUUUUUUCCUUUCCUCCUUUCUUUCCUCUUGUUGUUGCUGUUUCCUGGUGUUCUUGUUGUCGUUGAGAGAGAAAGUGAGACUUAGGGAUAUAGAGAGAGAAAGAGAGGAAUAGUGGCCCAGCAGAUCGAAAUCUCCUUUUAUUCAAUUGAGAAGAGACGAUCUAAGCCCUUUCAAUGGAGUUAGAGCAAUACCCACUCUCUGUUAUUGCUUUUCUUCUUGUCCUUUGAGCUCCUUCCCUCUCGUUUUCUUUUCUUCUCUCCUUACUUUUCUCUGAUAGUGCCAGUCUCUUGUGAGAGAGUCUUGGAAUUUUUCUUUGUCUGAUGUAGAAGUUGGGACUGUCGAAUGAUUGUAUGCUUCUAGGAUUCUUGAGUUGAAAUGAGAUAAAAAGAGGUGCGGGUCUGAGGUGGUUUUCCAAAAGCUUAUGGUGGUUGGAUCGAUAGCCUGUAAAAUAGAACUCAGGAAUGGGAACCAAAGUGCAGUGUGAAAGCUACUUUCCGGGACAUUUUCAAAUGAGGGAUCUUAGUGAUGAGUCUAACAGUUGUAGCUGGCCCCUAUAUUAUGGAGAUAAAACCUUCACAAAUGGUCAGUACUACAAUGGUUUCAUGCCAAAGGCAAUCACGGACACUUAUUCAGGGUAUGAUAAGGACUUAGUAAAGAGGACAAUGCUCGAGCAUGAGACCAUAUUCAGGAACCAGCUGUACGAGCUUCACCGCCUCUACAGAAUACAAAGGGACUUGAUGGAUGAAGUGAAAAGGAAGGAAACACCACAGAAAAGUCGAGUGCAGGUCGAUGCAUCACUGUCAUCAAGCCCCUUAGCAUCUCAAGUUACAUCUGAAGAUGCUAGGAAAUGGCAUAUCCCUGGCUUUCCACUGGGAAAUUCUGUUUCUGCUCGACCAUCUACUUCUGCCAUUGAGAAUAUUAAUUCACCGUUAAGUUCCGUCAGAGGAAGCAGCACAUAUGCCAGUCCCUUUCCAUAUAAGAAUGGUAGUACUUCAAAGGAUGUUGAGAUAUUGGAGUCGAGACCCACAAAGGUGAGGAGAAAGAUGUUCGAUCUCCAGCUUCCGGCCGAUGAGUACAUAGAUACUGAAGAAGGGGCACCAAACAAUGUGUCUGGAAAAGCAAAUCAGCUGGUCAAGGGAAAUCUGAGUAAUAUUUCUAAGAACGGUUUCAGCCAGAAUAAUUGCCAGGAUAAUGGUUCACUGUCUGAAUCAUGUUUAAGGGGCAAAACUAGUAUGGCUGAUUUGAAUGAACCAAUUGUGAUUGAAGAAACUAAUCCUUCUGAACAUGUUAGUAUUCUUGGUGAUACCCCUUUCCAUGGGGAGGUUAGAGGUACAGAUUUGGAUGGUAAGCAGAAGUCACGACUCAGAGGUUCUCCGGAUGAGACACCUCAUCGUGGGAGUGAUAAUGGGCCUUUGACUAGACCUGAUCAUCAGAGUAAUGGAAUUGGGAAGCAGUGGUUGACUCAUGUUGGUGAAGCAGGACAUGCUAUAAACAAUCUCAAAUCUGUUUCUGAGACUCUUCAGGCCGAAAGGUUCCCGUCAUCUUCUCGGUCGAUGCAGGCCCUACCCAAUGACAGAGCUCUUGAACCUCCAAACUUUUCAGUUACUGAUCAAAAGAAGAAUCAGUCGAGAGAUAGAAGCAGUCAUGGUGUAGACCUUUCAGAAAGAAGUCCUGAUGAUUCUAAUAAUAGUUGUCACCGAGCGGUUAUUGCUUCCGGUAUAUCCAAUCCAUAUCUGUUUGCACCUGAUUUGAGCAAGUCUUGGUCUCACUCUGCUUUGUCUUGGGAAAAGCCUACUGGAAUCUUGAACCAGAAUGGUAUCUCCGUUCAAUUGCAUCCUCAUUUGAAUUCCUCAUCUGCAACAUUGAGUAAGAGUUCUCAGUCAUCAACUCAAAGCAAUGGGAUAUUUGGAGAUCGAUGGAACUGGAACAACACCAGCUCUACAUCUAACCAUAAAUAUGGGAAUGAAGUGUCUAACCAAAAUGGAUAUUACCACGGAAUUUCUACAGGGUUGAAGGAACUACAGUUUUCUAUUCCUUCAGGAAGUUAUGGCCACGUGAACUGUGGUACUGCUGACAAUGCAGCAGCUCAAGAGCAGCUAAUCAAUCAUGCUUCAGUUAAGUUCUAUAAGAAUUCGAGUUACAUGGAUUUGAAGCCCAUUAAAGAUGUGAACUUGAAUGUGGCAAUAUCAAAUGGGUUAUCAAAUCAGGAGGCUAAUCGGCACGGUAUUGAGAUCAUUGAUUUGGAAAGAAAGGAUGACGAAAAUCUUUCUUCUUUGCCUUGGCUAAGGGGUAAGCCGACUUUCAAAAGUGAGGCAUCUAGUACUGAGAUGGUUCUCAAUGCUGGGAAAUUGAGUUUCUUGGAUUCCUCCCAAAAUCUCACAGACAAAAGUUUUAGGGGUUCUUUUCAUCCUGUCUGGCAGGGUAAGAAAUUAGCUUCUCAUUCUAUUAAUCCUGAUGCCACUAGGAUUGAAGUUAGGGAGUCUGCUGCUUGCCGAAAAAUUCUUGGUUUCCCCAUUUUUCAAAGUGCACAUGCUCCCAAGACAGAGUCUCUGUCUUUCACUUCUCCUUAUUGCUCCAUUGCUACUCCAUCCGAAACAGAGGCAGGAAACAAGGUAAAAAAUAUACUGUUCGAUAUGAACAUGCCCUUUGAUGAUCUGGCAGCUGUUGCUGAUUUUGCUCAGAAGGCCUCUGAUGAAGUCGAACUUGUCAAUAAUGGGAAAGAUACCAAGAAAGUUUCCAACUUCAGAUGUGAGAUUGACUUGAACUCUUGUGUCAGUGAAGAUGAAGCUGCUUUACUCUCUUCCGUUCCUUAUUGCAAAGAGAAGACUGUAACAGGAAUUGACUUGGAAGCUCCAAUAGUUCCCGAGAUUGAGGAGAAUGUCGCAAAGGUUGAUAAAGAACCUUCAUUAUCAAGCCAUCAAGAAUCUGAAAUACAACUAGAUGAAUUCGUCAGAGUAGCAGCUGAGGCAAUAGUUUCCAUCUCAUCAUCGUCUGCCCCCCAAGAUCGAGCAGAAAGUGCUAGCUGUACCCUUCAUUGGUUUGCAGAAAUAAUCUCCUCUUGUGGGGAUGACUUGGAAAGCAAGUUUAAAGCUCUCUCCAGAGUAGACAAUAAUGAUUUGUCUUCCUUUGAAGAAUUUGAUUACUUCGAGCUGAUGACUCUGAAAUUGACAGAGAUCAAAGAAGAAGAUUACAUGCCGGAGCCUCUUGUCCCAAAAGACUUGAUAUUGGAGGUGACGGGCCCCAGCAUUGUGGUUCCCACUAAAUCACGAAGGGGUAAUGUGAGGAGAGGAAGGCAGAGACGGGAUUUUCAAAGGGACAUCCUUCCUGGGCUUGUAUCUCUUUCUAGGCAUGAGGUAACUGAAGAUAUUCAGACGUUUGGUGGGCUAAUGAGAGCUACGGGUCAUGCUUGGCAGUCGGGAUUACUGAGGAGGAACUCGACUAGAAGUGGGUGUGGAAGAGGAAGGAGGCGGUUGGUGGUUAGUCCUCCUCCACCUCCAACGCCUCCGGUAGUGGUGGCUGUAAGUCCGCUAACCCCUUGUGCUCCGCUGAUUCAUCAACUGAGUAGUAUUGAAGUGGGAAUGGAGGAUAGAAGCCUAAGAGGUUGGGGAAAGACAACUAGGCGUCCACGCAGGCAAAGGUGCCCAGCUGGUAAUCUUCCAACUCUCCCUGUGACCUAAAAUUACAAAUGAGACGCCUUCUUCGCCUGGUGAAAAUUCUAUAAAUGGAAAAAAGCAUUGGAGUGGGUAACAUUUUUCUGCUGGCUCUCCGGGGAUUGAGUUUUCUUGUGAUCAACCGUGGGGAUUUCCUUGUACAUUCCUUAGUCCAGAAUCCCGGGUCUCCUUGGCUUCUUUCCAUGGGUGACUUGCCACCAACCUUCUACCACUUGUAAAUAAUGUCAGCAUUCAAGAUUCAUACUGCCAGGAUACAUUUCUGGGCAGCAGCAGCGUAGUUCGGUUUGAGUCAGCAAAGAGAGGGAAAAGCACCAUACUUGGUUUCUCAAAGAGUCAUCAUAAUCUCUGGUGAUAGAGAUAGAGAAAGAGGGACGCAGUAUAACUGCUUGUGAUUGAUUGCAUUCUUCUUCGAUUCAAGAGGGCAAGGCAAACAAAGCUGACAUUGUUUGUAAUAACUGUAGAUUCCUUAGAAUGGCUGCGUUGUUUUUUCUCUUUUCACUACGGGUGUUCCAGUGAAUUAUGGUUCUACAUAACAGAGAAUGGAUGAGGAAAGCUUUUCAGCCUGUGUUUUAUUUUGGGCGCCAACUUGACAACUAUUAGAGGAUAAACCCACCAUAAAUAAAUGACAGAAACGUGUGUACUUUCCAAUACAGAGGUUUUGUUGCUGGCAGAUCUUCUGCAUGUACUUUGUUUUUCCUAGAUUGGGUUCUUUUACUUGCAUGGAAGUAGGAAUCCGGAAGUAACACAAUGUCGAGGAAAGGUGGGAAGAAUUUAUAAUGUGGGAAUUCGACCAUUGCAGUUCUGGGAAAGGAAGAAAUUCUGGCCAACCAGCCAGAAACAUUCGUCCAAGUCUCAGGGAAGGGAGGGAAGGGAAGACGGACGGAAGAAAGGAAUGCAUUGUGGGAAAUUUUGGCAGGAGCAAGUUGUUUAGUGGUUGGUGGAAUUGGCCAGUACCAGCUGGACACUUGUUUGGCUGUCCCCAUUAGAAUUGUGUGGUGCUUCGGAUCGGAUAUGGUCCUCCCACCUACUAUUGGGUGGACGUUUUGUCAGCGAAUAAUAUGAUAUUUGUAUAAUGAUAAUAUAGUAUACGAUUUACAGGAAUACAUAUUCGAUCAACAAGAAAAAUGUAUUCUUAUAAUAGAUAGUAGUAUGAAAUCAAGCCUUCAAUAAUACAAUAUUCUCAUAACAUAAAUAUCAUAAAUCCUUCAAGAAUAUCAUAUUCUCAUAACAUAAAUAUCAUAUUCUUGAAAGUUUGAUUUCAUACUACUAUCUAUUAUAAGAAUACAUUUUUCUUAUUCGACAAAUAUAUAUUCCUGUAAAUCGUAUAUUAUAUUAUUAUUACACAAAUCAUAUUCUCCAUUGUGAAGACGUCCUCCCAACAUUAGGUU